AUGGCAGGGCGCAGGAAACUCAUCUCGGUGGUCAGAGAUAAGGACACUAUGACUGGCUUCCUGCUGGGUGGCAUAGGGGAGCUUAACAAGAACCACCAUCCGAAUUCCCUAGUGAUGGAAAAGGAUACAACCAUCAAUGAAAUCGAAGACACUUUCAGGCAGUUUCUAAACUGCGAUAACAUCAUCCUCAUCCUCAUCGACCAGUACAUCGGGGAGACGGUGCAGCACACCCCAGACGCCCACCAGCACUCCCUCCUGGCCGUCCUGGAGACCCGGUCCGGGGAACACCCCUAUGAUGCAGCCAAGGACUCUAUCCUGCGCAGGGCCAGGGGCAUGUGCACUGUGGAAGACCUGCGCUAG